AUAAGUGAUUGUGUCCAAUGCCCAAUCCCCACCCUAAUUUAAAAAGUCCACAUUAAGCCUAGACAACAACGAUUUUCUACUGGGAAGAUGUUUUAUGUUGCUCCUGGUUCUGACGAUAUGUAUUACUUGAGGUGUUUGUUGAAUAUUGUCAAGGGAGCUACAUCAUUUGAAGACAUUAGAUUUGUAAAUGGUGUUCAAUAUGAUUCAUUUCGGGAUGCUUGCUUUGCAUUGGGGUUGUUGGAUGACGAUAAAGAAUAUGUUGAUGGCAUUGUGGAGGCUUCUUUUUUGGCAUCUGCGUAUUCCGUAAGACUAUUGUUUGUUAGUUUGUUGACCUCUGAAUCUAUUUCACUCCCUGAUGUAGUUUGGCAAAGUUGUUGGAAAUAUUUGUCUGAUGAUGUUCUCGAUAACCAAUGAAAACUUUCAAAUCAUUCAGCUUUAAUGCUCAAUGAUGAUCAAAUUCAGAGUUUCGCUUUAGCCGAGGUUGAGAAAUUGUUGGCCAAUGUUGGCAAAAGUUUACGUGACUUCAGUUGUAUGUCGUAUCCAAAAUCUGAGUAUUUUGAAACUCCUGACAAUAGAUUGAUGAGUGAUGAGUUGUGUUAUGAUCGUGAAGCUUUAGCAAGAGAACAUUUGGAAUUUGUAUCCAAGUUCACUAAUGAACAACUUCAUGUUUAUGAUACAAUAAUGUCAAGUGUCGAUUUAAAUGCUGAGAGAAUGUUUUUUGUAUAUGGCUAUGGAGGUACUGGUAAAACUUUCAUAUGGAAGACAUUGUCUGUAGGGAUUCGUUCGAAGGGUGAUAUUGUUUUGAAUGUAGCUUCCAGUGGUAUAGCUUCUUUAUUAUUGCUCAGUGGUAGAACGGCUUAUUCCCUCUUUAAGAUUCCUAUCAAUGUGAAUGAAGAUUCGAUGUGCAAUAUAAAAUCAUGGAGUGCACUUGUUGAGCUCAUCGAGAGAGCUAAACUUAUUAUAUGGGAUGAAGCUCCUAUGAUCCAUAAACAUUGUAUAGAAGCCGUGGAUAGGAGUUUCAGAGAUAUUAUGCGUGGAUGUAAUGAGUUUAGUAUGGACCAACCUUUUGGUGGUGACUUUAGACAAAUUUUACCGGUUAUUCCUAAUGGUAGCAUUCACAACAAGAUGUUGUGAAUGCUACUACCAUUAACUCUUCUUAUCUUUGGAUGAGUUGUACAGUUUUGAGGUUGACAAAAAACAUGAGACUAUUGAGUGUUCAAUAUGGUGAUGAAGCCUCCAAGUUAGAGGCUUUUUCCUCUUGGGUUGCCUCUAUUGGAGAUGGGGUUAUUGGUGGUCCAAAUGAUGGUGAAGUAUCUAUUCAUCUUUCUUCUGACAUUGUUUUGUCUAAUACUGGAGAUCCUCUUAGAACCAUUAUUUCCAACAUAUAUCCUUCGUAUAUGAAUCCCCAUGAGUUAAGUAAUUCUUUGCAUGGUCGUGCAAUACUUGCUCCUACUUCAGAGAUAGUUGAUGAGGUUAAUCAAUUCAUGAUUUCAUUGGAUCAGUCUCAAGGUCGAGUUUAUUUGAGCUAUGAUAGUAUAUCAAACUCUGAUUUGACAUCAAAUGGUUUUGCUGAGAUUCAUACAGUUGAAUUUUUGAAUAAUUUGAAAUGUUCAGGUACUUCUAAUCAUGAACUGUUGCUGAAAGUUGGCACUCCAGUGAUGUUGUUAAGGAAUAUAGAUCCUUCUAAUGGUUUGUGUAAUGGCACCCG